CCCCAUCGCAGAAGCCGGGAGAAGCUGCUGGCAUCAUCAAGCUGGCCUCGAGCUAGGGUCUCGCGUGAGGUCUCGAGCCCGAGCCUGUGCCGGCGACACCGUUCCGAAAGGAGAGGAAGAAAAGAAAGAAAAUAUCGUCGGCUGUAUCGGCGAGGGAGGCGGACGGCAGCUGCACAGCAGCGAUGCUCGUCAGUGCUGAUGCUCGACGGUGAGGACCGGCUUGACGCUGUCGUCACUGCAGGGAAGCCCGUCACCGGUGAAGCACUUGGGAGGCCGCGCGGUUCGGAUCGUCUUGACAGAUAGGUCGUGAGAGCUCGACGACACACUCCAAGAUGAAGAUCGAGAACCUGCUAGUGCGGCAACUCAUCAACGAGUUCCUCGGAACGCUGGUGCUGAUUUUAAUCGGCGAUUCCGUCUUGGCCAUCAUCAUCGCUGGUGAGAACGAGCCAAUCGCCGCUGUCGUGGGACCCCUGGGCUGGGGCGUCGCAAUCUACGUGGCCGUCCAGAUCGCCGGAGGCGUCACAGCUCACCUGAACCCUGCCGUAACGCUGGCCCUGGCGUCGGUGCGCAAGUUCCCGAUCGCCAAAGUGCCACUUUACUUCGCGGCACAGUACCUGGGCGCCUUUGUCGGCGCGGCUCUCGUCUUCGUCACGUACAAAGAUUGCAUCGAGCAUUACGAUCAGGGGGUCCGCCAAGUGGUUGGAAAGAAGGCUACGGCUGCAAUAUUCGCAACUUACCCGCGAGAACACGUCUCCACUUUGACGUGCUUCAUCGAUCAGGUCAUCUCCACGGGCAUACUCAUGCUGACCGCGGAGGCGAUCACCGACCCCCGCAACUUCGGCGGGAUUCCCGUUUCCAUCCACCCAAUCUGCCUGGCCCUCAUGAUCAUGGCUCUCAUCUUCAGCUUCGCCUACAACUGCAUGUGCCCGCUCAACCCCGCCAGGGACAUCUCGCCACGGCUGUUCACACUCAUGGCCGGAUGGGGCCCCGAGACGUUCACUCUCCGCGGCUGGAACUACGUGUGGGUUCCCGUGGUCGGCCCUCACAUCGGCGCCAUCUUGGGUGCGUGGCUGUACAAGGUGGCUAUCGCGGACCACUGGCCCGACAUCAAGCCGAAGCCAACCACCUCAACUAACGGGGAGUCGACGACCGGGAGAUCGAGACCCGCGGACUGUUGGCCCAUGCGCAAGGUGUCCACUUCUAGGGUGGUGGGCAGCCUAGACGGCAAGGAGGCCAAGGAAGAGCUGGUGGAGACGCUGUACAAGGUCGACGGCGACAAGCUGGUGCUCGAGCUGGAACCGACCCAGCACCAGAAGCUGUGAAACCUCGUGCGUGCCUCCACUCUACAGUACCGCCGAAGUGGCGCCGAACGGCUAGCGUUACGCCUUUGUCGGUCCACGUGGGCCAAUAGGUGUCGCUUCGAUGGCGGUGUUCCUCCCUUCUAUAGGCACAACGCAAGCCGUUCGCCCCCCUUUGUACUCAUACGAGCUAUCCUUCCGAACGACCCCUGGCGGCCCUGUCACGAAGAGCUACUCCCGUGAACUGGCGGUGGCACGGGAAAGUGAAAAGACGCGCGAGGUGCGCGCGCGAGACAUGGCAGUAGGCGCCAGAAGGGUCGUCGGGACUGCUGGUCCCUCACAUGUCACACGGCCUUUUCAACGCGUAUAUUGAGUGUUGGGAGCCCUACGUGACACAAGACUACCGCGGACGCUUCCAAACGAAAGAGCUAGGGGCCGGGAGGUAGAAACGCUUUCGGAAUAAAAAGGGAAUAAAUCGGGUAAAGCGCUGCAGGCAGGUUGGCCGACGUUUCGACAGGUGUUUUUCAAAGGUGGCCUGGUCAUCUUUGGAGUUAGUUUUACGUGAUGAGCGUAGUGAGGUCACGUGGUGUCACCUGAUGUCAGUCAGUGGCGCAACACGGCAGCAACUUUUUUUUUCCAAGAAUCUUAUUUGCAGAUUGGCGCAGCCUCCAGUGACACAACGUGACGUAACUCCACUAGCAACAUAUAACACGCCAAGGAUAACAAGGCCGCGUUCGACGAAGAUGGAGUCCGCCUAUGGAAAUAUUGACCAGCUUGUUUGUGGCGCCUUCACCCUGGUUCAUCCUUCUUUAUAUAGGUACUAUGCAUGCGUACGUACUUGCUUAAAGACGGUGUGUUUUUCCAGUCUGACUGGGAAAAACACAGCGAAAAUAAAGUUCCGCCGGAGGACUGGAGCAAACCGGCAAUGUCUGCGGACAUGGCUUAUGAACUACAGCGCCCGACAAAUCACGCGUGAGCUUUAUAGGUGCGAAAUGCCGAUGCAUAUUUGUAUUUGUAUUAAGUCAGCUCAGGGCAUUUCGCUUCUCGGUGAGUACUGCGUUUCUUUGUGUUUUUUUUUUUUUACGACACGCGAGAUAGGAACAGUUUCCAUGCAAUUUGUUGCAGAGUGAGUGGACUGCCUAGAGAGUUGAACAGGAUAACUUGACUGAAGAGAGAUGAAGGUUCUGCAGGCGUAUGUUGAGAGCUUUGUGACUACUCCAACUUGGCAGUAGUCAAGUAGAGCUCGAACUCCGGACAAAGCAAUGCUACCAGUGAACAUAGAAAGCGUAUGCAGAACAACCGCGACUGCAUUUUGCGAACUGAAGAGAACACCGCGGAAGACUAAGUAAAAUUCAGCAAUAUUAUGGAUAAGCGAGGUCCUGCUCAAAAUUAAAAUUUGCUCCCUGACACAAUAUAUAGGAGUAAAAUUUUCUAAAAAAAUGAUGCCGAUGCCGCUCUGACCAGCAAUUCUAAUGGAAAAGCCGAUUUACAGCCCCAUUUGCCUAUGUACGCUGCAAUAUUAAUAAUAACUAAUAAACGUAAACCUGGUGGAAAUUCUGUAUAAAUUUGCGACAGCAAAUGGCAGAAGACGUGCAGGCCUAGGUACAGUUAUACCUCGGAUCUGUGCUUCCUAUAUAAUCGACAGUGUCAGGUUGGUUUCCACGCAUGAGCAGAGGAAAUGGUUGCCCAGAAUGCGAAUAAAUCGGAGCGGUCACUUCGUAAAGCGCAAUAAUAAUGCUCAUGGACUUGUAUCGUUUGAAGAUAUCUCAUUCUUGUAAAUUAAUAUUUGUGCGAGAGCAAUGAAAGUUUCGCGAAUAGAUAAUUUAGUUAUCAGGGAAAUAAGUGAAAUUAUCGUGCUCAAGUAAACUACAGUUUCUCAAUAACCUGCAAUAUAGUACCGUUAUUGAAGUCACAGAAAACAUGUUUUGUCGUAGUUGCCAACCCUAGGCAACAGUCUGUUGACAAAGUUCUAUCGACAGUGAGGCUAAUAGGCAGCGCAAUCCGAGCUAUACUGCAGAACAGUGAGGUGUCACUGAUAUACAUAAAUAACGUUUGUUGUCAAAGAAAGAAAAGUGUCAUGCGAGCGCUGGCUCUUUCAAGGUUAUGAUAAGCCUCGCUGUUAAGAGAAUAAGUGCCAAAUCAUUCCGCGAGAGUAGGUGAUAAUGAAUGUCGUCCAAAUGAAAGAGACUUGGACAGCGAGAUCAGGCUCUGUUUAAUGAGACCGGAAUCAGUGCAUCAAAAUGAAGCAUGAGACGCCAGACACAAUGUUAAAUGUGCUAUAUUUUUUUCUCAAUUGUAUCAUACGAAAUAUCAACUGCAUUUAUAUGUAUCAAUCGCAUUUGUAUCAAUACAAACUUUGAGCAUGCCCUACAUGAACGGCUGUCCUGUGCUUCAUUUGGACGACGCCGGUUGCACAAUGUGCGAACAGUGUUCACUUGGAAGGCUGAAGAGAGUGUAGACUGCAAGGGCGUUCCACCUGACGUUGUUUCUUGAAUUGUAACUGCGGGAAGUAAAUGAGGACAGCGCAAGAACACCAGCAUGCAAACAUCCUAGAGCCACUUUAGGAAAACUUUUUCGUACGCGAGACCGACGCAUCGUUCGACUGACGCCUUGACUCUCGUUUACUUGGCUGUCGAGGCAGACCUCGUGAGGCGAUCUUACGCACGAACAUCUUUGUGUGUGUGGCCCUUGACUUAAGUGCGUGUAUGAGUAUUAUGGAGCAUGUAUUGUGCGUGCGAUGAUGUUUGUGUCUUAGUGACGUCAUGACGAAGGCUUAUAGUGUCGUUAACCAUGAGCUUCGAGCUGGUUCACUCGUGUCUACCUACAUUGAGACAGCGCAAGGCGACGAGACCCGGCAGACUUUCCGUGCGUUCGCGUCUUUGUUGUUGACGAUUUAGCUUCGUCAUAAAGCGUUUCGUUCGUUUUGGUCGCAAGGGUCGUGGGUUUUGUCGAGCCUAUCGUUAUGUGCAGCGCCUGCUACUUUGAAUUUAUAGUAUGCUUAUCUUCUCUUUUCUGGACGACAAACCGAUGAAUGAGCCGUCGCUGGUGAUGCUCAUGUGCUAUUUUAUCAAAGUGUUGUUACUGGUGGUGGUUGUAGCGCCUAUUUUUGCUGACACCAAUUCUUUGUAAAUCCACGUAAUAAAAUUGUCUGCCAACGAAUAAGAGAGAACCUGUCAA